UUAAAGGCCAGCGGCUGCGCUCGGCUCAUCAAGCCAUGAGUAGCUGUGGAGCCCUUUCAGGUUUUUCUUCCCCUCUUUAAUGCGUGGCUUUUGGCGGUGGGGUUUAACCUGCGCCACCGACACCCACUGAGACCCAAGUGCUUGCAUCGUAAUCCAUGGACAAGAUGGCAGAUUCAUCAUCAUUUUCCUCCUUUUCUGAUUUUGGGCUGCUAUGGUAUUUGGAGGAGCUAAACAAUGAAGAAUUAAAUAAAUUCAAGUUACUUCUAAAGGAGACCAUGGCACCUGGGCGCUGCGUGAUGCCCUGGACUGCAGUAAAGAUGGCCAACCGAAAGCAACUUGCUAACUUGAUAAACAAAUACUAUCCAGGAAAACAGGCCUGGACUAUAACUCUCAGACUCUUUGCCAAGCUGAACCUGAAGGAUUUGUAUGAGAGAGCAAAAGCAGAGACCAACUGGACAGAGAAGAUGGGACCAGAGGUGGCUGAGGCUGGGGAGAUACCAGAGGCGAUGCUGAGUGCUAGAACAGAAUAUAAGCUUCGAAUAAAAGAAAAAUUUCACAUUCUGGAUAAGAAUUAUUUGCUUGGAAAACCUUUAGAUUUCCAUCAUGGAGCUUCUCAACAACAGCAGAAACUUCUGGAACGUUUGUUCGAUGUGAAUGUCAGAGGUGGUGAGCAGCUCCACACAGUGGUACUUCGGGGAGCUGCUGGAGUUGGGAAGACAACCUUGAUGAGAAAGGCAAUGUUACUCUGGGCUGAGGGGAAACUUUAUCGGCACAAGUUUACUUAUGUUUUUUAUCUCAGUGGGAGAGAAAUUAGUCAGGUGAAGGAGAAAAGCUUUGCUCAAUUGAUAUCAAAGGACUGGCCUAGCACUGAAAUCCCCAUUGAAAAGAUCCUGUCCCAGCCAAGUCGCAUCCUUUUUAUUAUUGAUGGUUUUGAUGAACUAAACUUCGCUUUUGAGGAACCUGAAUUUGCACUGUGUGGUGACUGGACGCAAGUACACCCUGUGUCCUUCCUCAUAAGUAGUUUGCUGAGGAAAGUGAUGCUCCCUGAAUCAUCCUUAUUGGUGACAGUAAGACUCACAGCUUCUAACAGACUAAAGCGUUUGUUCAGUCAGAAUUUGUUAAAGAGUCAGUGUUAUGUAGACCUAAAAGGAAUGUCCCAGGAUGAAAGAAAAGAGCAUAUUUAUAAGUUUUUUGAAGAGGAGUCCUGGGCCGUGAAUGUGUUCAAUGCAAUAAGAAACAAUGAGAGGCUUUUUGACAUGUGCCAUGUUCCCCUGGUGUGCCAGCUUGUCUGUACUUGUCUGAAGCAGCAAAUGGAGAGAAAUGAUGACAUCACAAGGCUGUGCCAAACAACCACAGCUGUGUUGACCUGCUAUAUCUCUAGCGUAUUCUCACCAGGAGAUGGAUACCUUCCUAGUCUACCCAACGAAGCCCAGUUGAGAAGCAUGUGCUACUUAGCUGCCAAAGGAGUGUGGACUAUGACACAUGUGCUCUACAGGAAUGAUCUCAGGAAGCAUGGGUUAACCACUUGCGAUACCUCAGUUUUUCUAGACAUGAAUAUUCUUCAAAAGGACGCAGACUAUGACAACUGCUAUCUGUUCGCCCAUCUACAUAUUCAGGAAUUUUUUGCAGCUAUGUUUUAUGUGCUGAAAAGCGAUUGGGAAGACAGAGAAGAUUCCUCCCAGUCUUUUGGAGAUUUGAACCUGUUACUUGACAGUAAAAGUGAUCGGGACCCCCAUUUGACACAACUAAAAUAUUUUUUGUUUGGCCUUUUGAAUGAAGAGCUAGUAAAACAACUGGAGGAAACUUUGAAGUGCAAAAUGUCUCUGAAGAUAAAAUGGGAGGUACUUCAGUGGAUAAAAGUACUCGGAAACAGUGACAUUUCUCCAUCACAGCUAGUAUUUCUGGACUUGUUUCACUAUCUGUAUGAGACACAGGAUGAAGCAUUUGUAGCCCAGGCCAUGGGAAAUUUCUCAAAGGUUUUCAUUAAUAUUUGUAAGGAAAUCCAUUUGCUUGUGUCUUCAUUCUGCCUUAAGCACUGCCGAUGUUUGCAGACCCUUAAGCUGGAUAUAAUUAUGAUAAACUCAAGCUCUGCAGCUGAAACCAAGCAAGUGGAUGGUGAUCGCAUUACUCAGUGCUGGCAAAAUCUCUUCUCUGUGCUUCAUACAAAUGAACACUUGACAGAACUGGACUUGUGCCACAGCAACCUUGAUAUAUUAACCUUGAAGACUUUUUAUCAAGAACUAAAGCAUCCAAACUGUAAACUGCAAAGACUCCUGUUGAAGUUUGUGGUUUUCCCUGAGGGUUAUGACAGUACCUUUAGCUUCUUGACUCACAAGCAGAAUCUGAUGCAUCUUGACCUGAAAGGAAGUAACAUAGAAGAUCAUGGAGUAAAAUUAUUAUGUGAAGCCUUGAAACACCCAGAAUGUAAACUACAAAAUCUGAGGCUGGAAGCCUGCAACCUAACUGCGAUUUGUUGUCUGGCUAUAUCCAAGGCUCUCAUCAAGAGCCAGAGCCUGGUGUUUUUGAACUUAUCAACCAAUAAUCUACUGGACAGUGGAGUGACGUUGUUAUGUGAGGCCUUAGGACAUCCAGAGUGUCACCUAGAGAGACUGUCAUUGGAAAGCUGUGGCCUCACAGAGACUAGUUGUGAGGAUCUUUCUUUGGCCCUUAUCAGAAAUAAGAGACUGACACAUUUAUGCUUGGCAGACAAUUCCGUGGGAGAUCGUGGAGUAAAGCUUUUAAGUGCUGCCUUGAAAAAUCCAGAGUGUACUCUACAGAGCCUUGUGCUGAGGCGUUGCCAUUUCACUUCACUCAGCGGUGAAUAUCUCUCAGCUUCUCUUCUACACAAUAAGAGUCUGAUACAUCUGGAUCUGGGAUCAAAUUCUCUUCAAGAUUGUGGAGUAAAUCUUCUGUGCAAUGUCUUUCACCAGCAGAGCUGUAAUCUUCAGGAUGUGGAAUUGAUGAGUUGUGUUCUCACUACUGAGUGUUGUCUGGAUUUGGCUUGUGCUUUUUUGCACAGCCCAAGCCUAUCAAGCCUAGACCUUGGGUACAAUGACUUGCAGGAUGAAGGAGUGCAAAUACUGUGUGAGGCUUUGAGAAAUCCAAAGUGUAACCUUCAGAAGCUUGGGCUGGAAUACUGUGGUUUGACCUCUCUGUGUUGUCAGGAUCUCUCCUCUGCUCUUCUCAGCAACCAAAAGCUGAUAAAAAUGAACCUAACACAGAACAACUUGGGCCAUGAAGGAAUUAAGACUUUAUGUGAAGUCUUGACCUGUCCGGAAUGUAAGCUACAAGUUCUAGGGUUGUGCAAAGACGCAUUUGAUAACAAAUCCCGGAGGCUGCUGGAAGCUGUGGGAGUUAGAAAUCCGAACUUAGCCAUAAAGCCUUCUUAUAAUUACAAUGAAUAUGGGUCCUGGUGGCGGUGUUUCUGAUGUGAAGAACCUAUAUUUCUUUAAAAAAUAAACAUUCAGAGUUGCAAGGA